GUCUCUUUGCCGGUGGUAACGUUAUGACGGCUCAUUCUGUAGCGCGGGAAAAUCCACCCUAGCUAGUUUUGAAUGACGGGGUAAGUUUUCGGAGACUUUUAUAAAGUAUUAUUUCUCCAAAGCAGACAGCCAUGGACGCUUCGGAGGUCGAGUUCCUCGCCGAGAAGGAGAUGGUGAAGAUAAUACCCAAUUUCAAUCUCGACAAGUUAUAUUUAAUCGGGGGAGAUUUGGGUCCUUUUAAUCCCGGCCUGCCCCUGGACGUGCCUGUGUGGCUGGCACUCAACCUGAAACAGAGGCAGAAGUGUAGAGUCGUUCCUCCAGACUGGAUGGAUGUUGAGAAACUUGAGGACAUGCGCGAGGUGGAGAGGAAGGAGGACACCUUCACGCCAGUCCCCAGUCCGUACUACAUGGAGCUGACCAAGCUGCUGUUGAACCAUGCGUCCGACAACAUCCCCAAAGCUGACGAGAUCCGCACGCUGGUCAAAGACAUCUGGGACAUGCGCCUCGCUAAACUCCGCCUGUCUGCUGACAGCUUCAUCAGUCAGCAGGAAGCUCAUGCUAAGCUGGACAACUUGACUUUGAUGGAGAUCAACACCAUCAGAGGGUUCCUCCUGGAGUCGCUCAACUGCAUGUACAAGCUACGCUCCAACCUGCAGCCGGGGUCCAAUAAGGACUACUGAGGGACACAUCCUGCUGAUUCAGUCCGUGUUGAGGUCAGGCUGGGACGGCACUGUUGGACUUCUUUUUUUAACCCCAGGCAUCACCCCUAAGAAUUUAGCUACUGGCAUAGUUUAGCAUUUUUAUAUGCUUACGAGGGUUGCAUGAUAUCGACGAUAUACAUUUGGCAAUAGAUAUUGCAUGUUGACGACAUGUUCUAGCUAGCAAAUGACCACAUCCUCGCUAACGUCCCGCCGCAGUGUUAGUCGUUAAUUCUCGCCUCCAUGGUGGCAAAUAAACUACUUUUCUUACAGUAUCAUUAUCACUGGAGGUAGAGGAAUAGCUAAACAUGCCCCGCUCCACACCGUAGGAGGAUGCAAGAAGACAUGCUAACUCCUAAGCUAGCACUCAUGAAUGUAAACGGGUGGCGGAUGGAUACAAAUAUCAACAGUAAUCAUACACUGCAAAAAGUCAGUGUUCAAAAACAAGAAAAAAAAUACAAAAAUUAGGGGUAUUUUAUUUGAACUAAGAAAAAUUAUCUGCCAAUAGAACAAGAAAAUUCGGCUUGUCAAGACUUUCCAAAACAAGUAAAAUUAGCUAACUUCAAUGAACCCAAAAAUACCUUAAAAUAAGCAUAUUCUCACUAAUAACAAGUGCACUUUUCUUGGUAGAAAAAAAAGAGACAUUUUUGCUCAAUAUGUUGAAAAAUAUUCUUAAAUUAAGUAAAUGCUAGUGCCAUUGUCUUGACAUAAUGAUAUGCCCCGGCAUCAUGAUUUUUUUUUGCAUGCUUGAAGUAAGAAAUUAUUACUUUAAAAAAGUAGUUUUAUACUUGUGAGUGUUGAUGACACAGCUUUGCAUCAGUUGAUAUUCUAGUUUAAGCAUGUUUUACUCAAGAUAGGUCAUAACAUCUCAGCAACAAGCUGUAAUAUCAUCAUUUAGGACCAAAACACUUAAAACAAGUAAAACACUCUAACACAAAAUCUGCUUAGUGAGAAGAAUUAUUAUCUUAUCAGACAGAAAAUAAGAAAAUAUCACUUAUUUGAGAUAUUUAAUCUUACUUAGAUUUCAGUUUUUGCAGUGUACUAAUUUAUGAUCGAUACUGCAAGGAUUAAAUCGAUGAUUUUAUUAUCACAAAAUCAGUUUAUUUUGUAGUUUUUAUCGUUUAAAAACUCAGGAAAUGAUGAACUGGACACUAGGGCUUUAAACACAAAUAAAUGAUUUUAAAUAAGAUUCAAUACUAGUUAUUGUUUAUGUUUAGUUAUCUGCACUGUUGGCUUUAUUUUGGUCAAAAUAUGUCAAAGAAAUAAUGAAAUAAUUGUAAUAUUUAAUUGGUAUUGUUACAUCGCCAUUCUGUGCGUUUUUUUUCCUGAUUAUAAUUGUGAUCAAAAUUGAAGCAUUCAAUGAUCUUGAAGAUUUAGAGUAUCAUAAUCAGAAUUGGUAUGAUCAAUACUGCCCCGUAACUACUUGGUAUGCGAUUGAUGCCACAACUAAUGUAAAGUAUCCAAACAGAAAAAUAAAUGUUCAGUACAUUUUAAAGGGGAACUGCACUUUUUGAAAUUUGUAAAAAAACGCUAGCAAAAGUCAGCUGACAAUGAAGGUAAUGGUAUUCGCUCUUUUCGGCCUCAAUAUAGCAACACGAGCUAGUUUCCUUGCCUCUGUGAUCACGACGCCGCUAAAAUUACGGUAGUGCGUCUGCGCUUAUAAUAACAAUGUCGCUAAUACUUGGUUAAUAUUCAGGUCAAAACAUGUAAAUGGAGUAUUUUUGGCAUUUACAUUUUUUUUUUUUUUUAGCGGGCUAAAUGGGCGCAAUUUAUGUAUUUUACAAUUAGUGCAUAAAAAAGAAAAACAUGUGUUCUUGUCUUACAUAAAGAUUGUGAAUGAAAGGCAAAAGUCCAGAAAAGUGCUUUUCCUUUUUAACAGGAGUGUAGACAGAACCAUGCUACAACAGAAACUGACCAGAUACAGCAUUCUCAAUAAAUUGGUAAGCAAAUCAAUAAUAGUUUUGAUAAAAUAAUACAAUCAGAAAUGAGGCAGUAUGUUACUGAAUACGUCAGCAGCCAAGUUAGAAGCCAUUUUAACCUUUUUUUGAAAUGCUUCAAUUACCCGGUAUAUGGCAAAUAAUAUUUUAUUUAUAUAUAAAGGUGAUAGAUUUUAGGCCAACUCGCCCAUCCCACCUUAAUGUUCAUGUUAUAAAAGAAUGGUUUAUGACUGUGAUAAUAAAAACAUAAUUACCUGACACAAAUCAAAUCAGACAUUUUGGAAAUAUUUUAUUUUCUUUUUUUGUCUGAAAUCACAGCCAUAUAUUCAUAAAUACCUAAUUACUACAUUCAACAAAGAAUAUAUUACAUUACAAUGGGUUCAAACGAACAUUUCUGAAAACAGGAUUCACAGCAUCUAGACAUCCUCCACUGGUGCUAUUUUUGCGUGGCCAUGCGCGGGUGGUGAUAUAGUGGGGGGCGGGGCUUCUGCUGUAGCUUACCCGGGCCUUCCAACCAAUAGGCUGCGGCGUUCUGGCUGAACUGACAUGAAUGAGAAACAGUUGAGCUCCAUGCAAGUUUGGUCACUGACUGAAAAGAAAGGAGGCACUUAUUCAUCGGCUGAUAAUGUCUGCACAUUUCCCAAAUUGAAGUAUUGAAAUUCUCGCAAGUUGAUGGAAAGUGUUCAAGUCAGCGAGGAAGUUGUUAAUUUUGUCACAAUUUGGCAAGUGAUUGUUCAAUUGAAUGUAGCAUGACUGGCGUUUUUAGGCUUUUAGCUUAUUCCUAUUGUGGCCCUGUGUUUUGUUUUGGCUAAAUCAUUUCAAAUACAAUUGGCACUGGGCCCUUCAUGGUGGUGGAGAAAAGGCGGAGGCUUGUUACUUGAUGCCAUAUGACAUGAGGAGUCUUCAGGAACAUAAGCUGGUGGCUUUACUUCAUGUUUUUGAAACAAACAAACAAAAAAAAAAAGUCAAGUAAAAAAAACUGUCAAGUCAGCGGCACGGACACACUUUGCUGUGAAUAAAAAGUUAAGGAGAUCCUGUUUUCUGUUAGAAUGAGCUGUUCUGGCCAGCAGCAGUACAAACACUAAAAGCAAGGCUUUCUUUUCCAAACAAAUUGCCCAAAAAAAGCAUUGACAUAUAAAAAAAAAUGGCAGGCUUUUUUUUCUCUUUUAAAAGAACAAUGAUUAAAAUAAUAAACAUACAAAAAUCUUUUAAGUCUUCAUAUUAUAUACAAUAUAAGGCCGAAGCACCUUUUUAAAAUUUCUCAAAUUUUCUAUUUUGAAAUAAAACAUUUACUUAAUUCUUUUCAAAAUGUGCAUUUCUGCCCAUAUUCAAAGACGUCUUUGUUGUAACACAGUACCACCAGGUAGUUCUUCAGAUAGUCUUAAGUGCACGUCCACUUCUAACGCUCUCACGGCCGACUUCACUGCCCGGCCGGCCGUGGCGCCUUCUCAUGGACUUUAUUUGGAGGGGUCUUCUCCAAGGGAUUGGGGUUGCUCCGUCAUUGGCAGGAUUGUCUGUGUCUGGGUGGCGGCGAGGGCGGCUGAAGGAAAAGCAGGUGUGAGAGUGUGUGCAGCCCUGGCACACGAUGGCUUCCUUCACUUUUUAUCCAGCCUGCUUGGCGCCCAAGCGGGGAUGAUGGAUCUACUGUCAGUCUGAGAAAAGCAGCUGGGGACAGGGGGGGCUUUCCUGGAUGGGUGCUGUCACCUGGGGGGGUAACCCUUGUAAUGCCCACCUCUGGGCCAGUGUGUCUGUGGCAGAGUCAAACACUUCCUGAAGUGUUCCAGCUCCGCUUGCAGCUUCUCCCUUUCCAGCGCCAGCAUCUGCCUUUGGGACAUCAGCUCCUAAAGCAACAAAUGCAAUGUUAAUUCUUUUUUAUUUUUUUUAAAUAACUACGAGGGUUGCUCCAAUAAAUCGUUUCACAGCUGAAUCGCGAUUAUUAUUUAUUCCGAUUCAUAAUUUAAGAGUCAAUAAAAAACUUUAGUUUUCAAUAAACUUUUUUUUCCCGGACAUCUCUGCACUCAUUGUGCUUAUAAGUCAUACAUUCAGCAGCCAAGAGGAGAUUUUUGAAAAGGUUUUAUCAUUUUAAAAAGAUAAUUUCAUUUUUAUACCAAAUAAUAUAUCACAAGAAUCGUGUUGAAUCGAGAAUCGAAUCACGAGUUGUAAGAUUCACAUCCAUAAUAUUGACCAAAAAUAACAUGGUUUUUAAAAGAUGUUUUGUUUUUAUUUCUUCAACGUAGCUUACAUAAAACCAUUUUUAUCCACAUUUUUUAUUGUUAAAUGUGUAAAUUUGAACAAAUGGCAAAAUACUUAAGAUAUUGUUUUUCUUUUAACCUUUAGAAAAGUAUUUGAAACUCUAAUUAUAAAGGACAAUUUUAAGGAAAGCCUCCACUUCCCUAUUGCAUCUUCCUAAAUCAUUCUAGUUACUAACUAACUGACUUUUAUUUCAUUUUUUUUUGUAAAGUAAAGCCACACUUUCGACCGCCGACGCCCGCUAUCCAUGCUUGAGCUUGACUGACUCGCUCGGCUAUGCUAACACUUCCGGCGGUGGGCGCUUCUUCGUUGGUGUUCAGCGGCUUCUUCUUCCGGUUCGGCGGACAUAUUUUUUUCCGGUCGGCGGACUGGUAUCGAAAAUAGGAAUCGAAAUUUAAACUUUUGAACAAUUCCGGGAGAAUCGGAAAGUUAGUCCCGGUUCCAAUCGAUACUCGAUACCCAACGCUAUGCGUCUGUGAAAUUAAUGCGCCACUGUAUGCUUAAAAAGACCAAAAUACGCAACUGGUACAUGUUAUUAUGAAUGUGCCCUUUACUACAGUACAUAUACAGCGUGGAUAUGAAACAUUUUUGGGUGUAUUUAUAGCACUUUAUAGGCAAAAUAGUGUAUCCCAUUACCUCCCUUGUAAGAAGACUUUUGCUCGCGUUUAUUUACACUUUAGAAUGCAUUUAAAAAAACGUGUGCUUUCACACAUAAGAAUUUGUGAAUGAUAAGGCAAAAAAAAAAAAAGUGCAGUUCUCGUUUAAGGGCAUAGAAAGUGUCUAUAAGAGUGUAUGAACACUGUUUGGAGAUCUUAGGAAUACUUUAUAUCGAUGUAAUAUUUAUCAAAAUCAUAAAAUAGCAUCACUAUUUAGCAAAAAUGCACAUUUUCAUGGGGGUCUGGAACAUAACCCCCGUGAUAAUGGAGGGAACAAUUUAACAAAAAACAUUCGCUUUGUUACCUGUAAUACAAAAACUAAAAUAAUGUUUGUUUUCCCUAGGUUGUCGUAUACUGAUGUACUGUACAUUGAAUUGUUUAAGCAUCUUCAAUAUACAAAAUGUAUCAAAGUAGUUCCUCGCAUUCUUUAAUUUUUCAGUAUUUGGCUCUCUGUGGAAUAACUUUGGACACGCUUGUUUUUAUAUAAUCUAAAAUUGUCUUUUUUAAAGUGUAAGGAAAGCUAAAGACUUCAGGAGAGGUGCAGCAGCAGCUUGACAAAAACAAAGAAAAACCUGCUAAAUUAGCUUCAGUUAUGUCCAUCCAUACAUGUUCUAUUCCAUAAGGUCUUGUUUAAAACUGAAAUCAUUAUCUUUGGCUCACAGAAGCAAAGAUAAACGAUUAUUAGUCACCUUGAGACCCUCUCACUGAAACCUAAUAUUCAGGUUAGAAAUCUAGGGGUACUUUCACAGCCACAUUAGUUCAAUAACAUCAUCAGCUUUUCACCACCUGAAAAUAUAUUGCCAAAAUCAGAGGAAUAUUAUCUUAACCAGACUCAGAAAGACUAAUCCAUGUCUUUGUGUCCAGAAGGUUAGACUACUGUAAUGGCCUUCUCAUUGGGCCAUUACAGUAGGGACACAAGCCCUCGUAUUCUCUGCAGCUGAGUAAUGUGCCCCAACCUGGUGUAGAAGCCCACAUGCCAAGAAGGUCGAUACGGCCAUCAACAAUGCCCUCCGGAUCAUAAGUGGCUGCCUGAAACCCACCCCCGUGUUCUACCUGCCAGUCCUAGCAGGGAUAGCGCCAGCCGGCCUACGGCGAGAGGCCGCUACCCUCGCCCUGGCAAGGAAAGCCCAGGAUCACAGCUGGCACAUCCUCCAUGAAACCACCACCAUGGCAACACCUCCAAGCAGACUCAAGUGCCGCCACCCAUACAAUCAGGCCGCACAAGAGCUGCUUAUUUCCAUCCCGGAGGAUCUGACAACCAAAGCCUGGCUGGCAGCGGAAUGGAAGCAGGAGUGGGAGUCAGCAGGACAGACACGCCUACACCAUUACAUCCAGGAUCCUGGAGGUGGCGUGGAGGGAGAAGAUCUACCUCGCCGGCAAUGGACCCUCCUGAACCGCCUUCGCACAGGGGUUGGUUGCUUCAAAGCGUCCAUAAAGAAGUGGGGCCUAACAGACAGUGCAGCGUGUGAGUGCGGGGAGCCUGAGCAGACUGCCGACCACAUCAUCACCACCUGUCCCCGGCAUAGACCACCUUCAGAGGAGGGCCUCUUCCAAGUGGGACCUGAGACGAGGGAGUGGCUACACGACACGAAGAUGGACAUAUGAAGACGAUACACGAAAGAAGGUCACUGCACUGGCUUCCUGUAGCUCAGAAAAUAGACUUUGAAACAGUUCUCCUUGUGUACAAGUUUUCAUGUGCCAAAGUACAUCUGUGAAAUGUUAGAGCCAUAUGAACCAUCUCAAGUGUCUCCUGCUGCUGCCCACAGUCAGGACCAAACAUGGUGAGGCUGCGUUUCAUUUUUAUGCUUCUAAAAUCAGGAAUAGUCUUCCUGAAUAUGUAAGAUGGGCCUCAACGUCAGCAAUGUUCAAAUCCAGCCUAUAAACACUUUUAUUUAAUUGUGCAUAUGACAAUUUUAUUUUAUUUUAUCUACAGUAUUUAAAUUGAUGUAAUUAAUUAUGAUCAAGAGGGACAAGUGGUAGAAAAUGGAUGGAUGGAUGGAUGGAUGUUUUUAUGAUGAUUGUAUUUUCUGAUUUUAAUUUUAAUUGUUUUUUCUUCUUUUAAUUUUCUGUAAAGCACUUUGAAUUGCCUGGUGUACAAGUUGUGCUCAAUAAAUACAAUUGUCUUCUUGCCUAGUGUAGGGAUGCACAAUAAUUAUUGACAACAAUGGCAAUUAUGUCACAUUGAUAAUUCCUUUAGUGAAAAAUCAACUGAAAUGACGCGAUAAUAAUAAAGACUUAUCAUCUUUGUGUUUGUUGUUGGAUUCUCCGUUGAGACCUGUGCUGCCGCAUGGCUACUCAAACCCUCCCCUGCCUUGCUCAAACCCAAAGUGUUUACGAAGUACAAGGAAGAAGAAUUGAGAAACAUCUUGAACCAUAUUAAAUGAGAACAUUUUAUGCAUCUCAA